GGACUGUGCGUCAGGAUGGAAAUGGUUAACACGGCCGUGGUGACGUCACAGGCUGCUGCUACUGCUGCUCUGGGCCGCACUUUGGACUCAAUCUCCUUUCGGACAAGGUUCCAGCAAGUGAUCAACCAGCAGCUGCACAUUUACGAACACGACAUGGGAAACUGUCAACCAACAAUCUUUCCUUGUGAGGACUUUGACGUGGUGGCUGACAUUAAGGCCAUCCGUAAAGCCUGCAAAGGCUUUGGAACAGACGAGCAGGCCAUCAUUGACAUCCUGGCCGAUCGCAGUGCAGCUCAGCGUCAGGAAAUAAAACAGGCCUAUUUUGAUAAAUAUGAUGAUCAGGAGUUGGUGGAGGUGCUGAAGAAGGAGUUGUCCGGAAACUUUGAGAAGGCCAUCCUGGCCAUGUUGGACCCCCCUGUCAUCUAUGCUGUGAAGGAGCUGAGGAAGGCCAUGAAGGGAGCAGGCACCGAUGAGGACGUCCUGGUGGAAAUCCUCUGCACGGCCACCAACGCUGAUAUCGCUAUGUUCAAGGAAUGCUACUUUCAGGUGCAUGAACGUGACCUGGAGGCCGACAUUGAAGGAGAUACGAGUGGAGAAGUCAGGAACCUCCUCACUGCCCUCCUGCAGGGGACCAGAGAUGAGUCGUAUGAAGUGGACGAGGAUCUGGCAGAACAGGAUGCAACAGCUCUGUUUGAGGCAGGUGAAGGUUGUUUCGGAACAGAUGAGUCCACUUUCACCCACAUCCUGGCAUCCAGAAACUACCUGCAGCUGCAGGUCAUGUUCAAGAUAUACGAGCAGCUCUCUGGAACUGAAAUCCUGGAUGCCAUUGAAAGUGAGACAUCUGGGACUCUGAAAAAGUGCUACAAAGCUCUGGUGAGAGUGGCUAAGAAUCCCCAGCUCUACUUUGCCAGACGUCUUCAUGACGCAAUGAAAGGAGCAGGCACCGACGAGGACACACUCAUACGCAUCAUCGUGUGUCGCUCUGAGUACGACCUGGAGACUGUCAAAGACAUGUAUCUGGAGAAGUACGAUGUGUCUCUGAAGGAAGCCCUGAAGGACGAAUGCAGCGGUGACUUCAAGCGCCUCCUGCUGGCCAUAUGCCACUGAAGCAGCUGUAGUUUCCUGACAAGCAAACUAACACUAACUCGGUCUGUGUAUGUGGCAUUUUGUCUGGAGCAGGAGGGUGGAAGUGAUGACGCCCACUUGGCCCAAAGUCUGAGUCACACUCACUGUGUCUGACUCCGUUUUUAACUUUUUUACUAAUUUUAACUCAGUUCCUUUACUUAGACAUUACCAGAGUUUAACCAUGGUACCUGUCAAUCACUGCCCAUUUCCUAGUUAGUUUUUAACAUUUAAACUUUACUAGCAUUUACACCGGGCUGACAGAUUUGUAAUCACCACAGACUAAAAAAAAAUAAAAAAAAA